UUCAUAAACUUUAUACGUGUUUUGUAAAUAAAAAUAGUUUUAUUAAAAAAAUGGCACAAAAUGAAGCUUCUACAAAAAUAAUACAAAAUGAUACUACUGUACAAACUAAUUCUGAAGGGAAUAAAAACAAAAGGUACUUAGAUUGGGAUGAAUAUUUUAUGGCAAUUGCCUUUUUGGCUGCAAAACGUAGUAAAGAUCCAAGGACUCAAGUUGGGGCUUGUAUUGUAAAUAGUGAAAAAAGAAUUUUAGGUAUUGGAUACAAUGGAAUGCCUACUGGCUGUAGCGAUGAUGAAUUUCCUUGGGGAAAGGAUUAUGAUGAUAAAUUAAAAGAUAAAUCUUAUUAUGUAUGUCAUGCAGAAGUUAAUGCUAUUUUAAAUAAGAACUGUAGUGACGUUCGAAAUUGUACCAUAUAUGUUGCUCUUUUCCCGUGCAAUGAAUGUGCUAAAGUAAUAAUACAAUCUGGAAUAAAAUUAGUUAUAUAUAUGUCUGAUAAACAAGCUCAUAAAAAGAAAACCAUAGCUGCAAAACGAAUGUUUCAGGCUGCAGGUGUUCAAUACAGACAAUAUAUUCCAAGGAAUCAAAAAAUUGUAAUUGAUUUUUCUGAGAUAAAAGGUACAAGUGACAAAGUUCAAGAUCUCUCUAAUUCAAAGACAGUUGAUAACAUAUCUCAAAAUUUUGAGAAGAUAAUUUUAUGACAAGAAUAAUAUAACAAUAAUAAUGGUAAUGUUUAUAGUAAAAAAUGUCCUUAUGUAUGUAUUCAUGAUUUAUUUAAUUUUCUUUGUGACAUUUUGUAAAGUCAGAUUGUAACUAAUAUUAAUUGUUUGGUAACGCAUGAAAAUAUGGCUCAUGGUAUUAUUGAGUAUGUAGUAUAACAUUUUCACGUUGACUUAUUUAGUCAAAAGAAUAAUUACUAUUAUUUACAUAUAAAAUUGUAUUAGAAUUAGGUACAGAUGGAAAUGAA